AAUGUCCCCUCCGAUCUCUUUAAUUACCCCUUCAACGAUCUUUUAUUACACAAGUGUGUACCCAGUCAGACAAAAACUGCGUCCAUUCCACAUAUUUCAUUAUAUCCUAGAAGUCCUAAAUGUACUGCUGUCCAUCUUCAUGUUGGUCCUGGUAAUUCUAAUUUACUUGGGACUCUAUUACAUUCUGUUCUUUAUUGCAGUUGUACUACAGGUGCUGUUCGGGUUCUUCUAUGUGAACUUCCCUCUUAAUAUAUUUGUCCGAAAUCUGAUUGUAAGACUGGUGUUCUUAGUGCUAGGUAUUGGAUUUGUUGCAUAUUUUAUCUAUUAUGUCAUUGAAGUACUAAUCCCAUUGAUCAGGAAUAUAAACCACGGAGGUGCAAGUGUAGUAGAUGAAUGGGUAAGUGCUGUCUUAGGAGUCGUCUGUAUCCUUCCUGUGCUCUACUUCUGAUCCAUCUUUGCUAUCUUCCUCAGAAGAUUAUGAAUUGCAAAAACUAUUAAGAAAGAAAUUCAGAAAGGCAACAUUGAUCUAUCUGAGCAUCAUAAUAUAAAUGACAGCGAGAAUGCUAAUUUGAAAGAGAACUACACCACGAUUCAGAAUUAUGGUGCCAAUGCCAAUUCUAUGAUAGAUUAGAACGAACUUUAUAUAACUUUUCGGGACUAAAUAGGCAGAUCUUU